UGGUGACUAGCAACGCAGGGAAGAUGGCGGCGCUGGUGGCGACCGAGGCCGCGGCGUCCCCGGACCCGGCGGAAGCCGCCGAGACGGCCGAGGCGGCGGAGCUAAGCCGCGUACUGAGCCGCAUGCUGCCCGGUCUGGAGGCCGACAGCAAGCUGGGCCGGCGGCGCGCGCUGGAGGCGCUGCAGCGCACCCUGGAGGCGGCGCGGCCCGAGGCGCCCGACGGCGACCCCGCCGCCGCAGCCGCCGCCUUUCAGGGCCCGUGGGCGCGCUUGCUGCUGCCGCGCCUGCUGCGCUGCCUGGCCGACCCGGCCGAGGGCUGCCGCGCGCUGGCCGUGCACCUGCUGGACUUGGGCCUGCGGCGAGCCGCCCGGCCCCGUGACGCCCUCCCGCGCCUGCUGCCCGCUCUCGCCGCGCGCCUGGCCGGCCCCGAGCCCGCGCGCCGCCCACCGCCCGAGGUCUGCGAGGAGCUGCGCCUGGCGCUAGUGCAGCUGCUCCACCGGGCCAUACGCCUGAGCGGCGCUGCGCUCGCGCCCCACCUGGACGACGCGGUGCGCGUGCUGCGCUGCACGCUGCUUGACCCUUUCGCCGCCGUGCGCCGAGAGAGCUGCGAGUGCGCCGCGGGCCUGGCGCGCGCCACGCCAGACCACUUCCACAUGCAGUCGGAGUCCUUGAUCGGCCCCCUGAUGCAGUCCAUCUCCCACCAGCACUGGAAGGUGCGGGUGGCCGUCAUCGAGGCCACGGGCACGGUGAUCCAGUUUGGCAGCGGGAAGUCAGUGGACGACGUCCUUCCUCACUUUGCUCAGCGGCUCUUUGAUGAUGUCCCCCAGGUGCGCCAGGCGGUGGCGCGCGUGGUCGGGGGCUGGCUGCUGCACCUGCGGGACCGCUACUCAUUCUUGCACAGGCUCAUUCCGCUUCUCCUGAGCAGCCUCGAUGAUGAGAUCCCCGAGAUCGCGUGCGGGGCAGCCGGCCUCUGGGAGCAGGUCGGGCUGCGCUGGCAGAUGGAGAACGAGGAGGACCUCAAGGACAAGCUGGACUUCGCUGGCCCGCCCCCCGCACACCACCCCUCGCCAGGGAGCCGCCCGGGGCUGGGCUGCCGGGAGCUGGUCUUCAGAAACCUCUCCAAGAUCCUUCCCGCCAUCUGUCACGACAUCACCGACUGGGUGGUGGCGACCAGGGUGAAGUCGGCGCAGCUGCUGGCGGUACUGCUGCUGCACGCGGAAGGCCACAUCACGCAGCACCUGGAGCCCAUCCUGCGCACCCUGCUCCACGCCUGUGCCGACGAGGAGAAGGCCGUGGUCCGCAGUUGCACGAGAUCUGCAGAGCUGAUCGGGACCUUCGUCAGCCCGGAGGUGUUUCUGAAGUUGAUCUUGUCAAUGCUGAGGAAGUCUCCCUCCCCCUCCGGCCUCCUGGUCUUUGCCUCUGUCAUCCGAGGCUGCCCGAGGGAGGCCCUCCGGCCGCACGUGAAGGUCAUCGCCGUGGAGCUGGCCCACGCUCACAUCUGCCAAGGGUCUGAAAAUCGCCUGUACGGGGAGCGCCUGCUGCAGUGCGUGCAGGCCGUGGUGUCCGUGAGCCGGGAGGACUGCCGAGGGGCCGGCGUGCCGCUCAUGGAGGUGCUGGUGACUGUCUUGGCGCUGUGGGGACCCGCGGGCCUUGGUGCCAAGGUUCAGGAGGCGCUGGCCGAGCUGGCUGCGGUGGAGAGCGUGGACGGCAGCCAGGACCUCUUCCGAGCGCACGUGGGCGCCCUUCUGGAGCGGCUGGCUGCCUCGCACCGGGACUGGACCGGCCACUCCACGGGGUUCCUGCAGUUUGACGUGGUGCUUGCUCACUCAGGCCCUGCCCUCGGAGAAGCCUUGCCCCAACUGGUCCCCAUCCUCAGGAGCUGCCUCCAGCCAGCCCGGGACCCACCCAUGCGCCUGAAGCUCUUCUCCACCCUGUCGGGGCUGCUGCUGGGAGCCUGGGAGACGGUGGACUCGCAGGGACAGUUCCAUGGCUACCUGGACACCCUGAUCAAGGACAUCUUCGUCCCCAAUCUGCAGUGGCACGCGGGGAGGACGGCUGCAGCCAUCCGUACAGCGGCCGUGUCCUGCCUCUGGGCGCUUGUCAGCAGCGGGGUCCUGUCAGAUGAGCAGAUACAGGAAGUGCAGGAAAUGUUGAUGCCUCAAAUUCUAACCACCCUGGAAGAAGAUUCUCAGAUGACUCGAUUAAUUUCAUGCCGAAUCAUUAACGUAUUUUUAAAGACCUCUGAUGGUGUGAUAGAUCCAGACAAAUUCAUCAAGAUUUAUCCUGAACUCUUAAAACGCCUGGAUGACGUUUCCAACGAGGUGAGGCUGGCGGCCACCACCUCCUUGGUCACCUGGUUGGAGCGUGUCGGGAACGAGGCCGGCAAGUGCUAUUACCAGAGCAACAUUCAGCACCUGUACAGGGAGCUGCUCGUGUACCUCGACGACCCUGAGAGCGCCAUCCAGGACGCAGUUCUCGAGGCCCUCAAAGCAGGCAGUGUCCUCUUCCCUGACCUCCUGGUGAGAGAGAUGGAGGCCGUCCUCCAUAAGCAUCGUUCACCCACCCACUGCGAGCAGCUGCUACAGCACCUGCAGGGCCUGCCGCCCGCCCCGUGACCAGAGUCCUGGGAGCAGAGCCUCAGCGCAACAGCUGGGGGGAGCGAACACCCAAGCCACGUCCUCACCUGGACUGGGAUUCGUGGCCUUUAAAUCUCUUCACAGGGCACCUUUCUGUCAACAGCCGAGGACCCUCACAAGCAAGCCUUUAACAGCAAGAAGAAUGCAUUCUCUAAGCACUGUGCCCAGUGCUCUCCUGGGACAAUUCUGCACACCCAGCAGUUUUUGAAAUAAAGAACUUUCACUGAGUGGCUUCUGUAGUUCAUGGCUAACUCAUGCAGUUCACCGAGAGGUCUGCCAGAAAUCGACAGCCACCUUCAAAUUAAAUGUCAACUUCUCACACCAAAUCAGCACAUUCUUUUUUUUAGUCUACGUGCACUGCUAGGUUCCUGGGUUAUUGGUUCUUUCUUGCUUAAAUGCCCACCAAGAAAGUUCUUGAGUAUUUAAAAAGAAAAAAGACAAAGUGAUUAAAAGGAAUGUUCUUUCUUUGGGUUCUGUCUACUGAAACUUUAAUAUCUCAGUGAAAGACUGAAAAGAAUUUGAAAUCUUAAGAACUAUUAUCAGUGGAAUCUUUCCCAUUUAAGAUACACUGGAAUUUAAAAUGUUAUGUGGAUAUAUUUGGUCACAGUAUUUUUUCUUAGGUCAGUAAUUCUGACAGUUGAAAAUAGGAUGUUUAAUCAGAUAUAAUUUUGGUUGCUCUCUUGUAAGUAGCAGUACAGUAAAGUUGUAUUAUAUUUUCCUGUACUUUCUAUCCCCAAGUGCCUAAAAGAGUUCAUUUUAAGUGAGUUCUAUUUCCAUAAGCCAAAUAUUUAUGUUAACACAAGGGGAAAAAAAUGCUGUGUUUUUUCCAAAAAUCAAAUACUAACACUUAUGCUUUGGUAUUUGAAAAUAUAACUUAAAAUAUUUAUUAUAACUAUUCUGUAUGCCUGUCUUCGUGUGUUUUGAUAAUUGAAAUUCAGACUCAUUUCUUUCCUUAGAUUGAACCUCACAGUGAUCGCAGCCUCCAGAAUCCUGGGCCUUUGGACUGAGGGGUCCCCACUGCUCAUUGUAGUGCCCUCUCUGGCCACCAGGUGGCAGGAGCUCCAAACAAGUUAAGACAAGGGUGUCAGUCAGCAAGGCUUCCAAGGGCUCACCCUCAGGGUGAGGGUCGGACCUGGAGAGGGGCUGAGAACUGAACCUGCAGCACAGACCUGGGUCACUGCACCACCGGCCCCAUGGUGACGCAACUCCUGACCGCAGUGACCCUUGCGAGUCUCUGAAGCCACAGUUCCUCUCCAAACCCCAUUUCUGUCCCCCAGCUUCCUGAUUGCCCUCUGCCUCUGUAUCCUCUGCGUGUCCUUCCUCAGCACUAUCUGGAGCCUGUUAGAGAUGCAUAUUAGCAGGUCUUGGCCCAGACCUACUGAAUCAGAGACAAUGGGCUGGGGCCCAGCGGCUGGCCCUCCGGGGGAUUCUGACGUCCCUAAAGUAUGGGGACCCCUGCCUUGAGAACCACGCAUUUUCACAUCCAGCAAGAAGCUCCAUCUUCUACCUUUGGUCAGACGUUCAGUGUCACGGCUGAGAGGACACCACGUGCUCAACCCACAAGGCAGGCGGGUUGGGUGCCCCCCCAGCUGCUGUCCAGCCCAGCUGCCACGCGGCUGCCAUGGAAGCAUUAGCGGUGCGCUUUCGUUUCUGUGCAUCGUUAGGGGAACUAUUCAGAGGCAGCACUGCAGUGACUCGGGACACCUGACACAAUCUGAACGGCCUAUGAAAGGUUAUUUUUUUUGGCCGUGCCGCACGGCUUGUGGGAUCUUAGUUCCCUGACCAGGGAUCGAUCCCGGGCCCAUGGCAAUGAAAGCGCCAAGUGUCAACCACUGGACCGCCAGGGAAUUCCCAAAAGAAGUUUAAUUUAUUGAUUUGUUCUUUUAUGGAUUGUGCUUUUUGUGCUGUAUCUAGGAAGAAAUUUUUGCUGUAUUCAGGAAAUUUUUCAUUUCCUGAAUUUAAGAAGCUCAAAAUGUUAUUUUCAUAAAGAUAAUUUAUCUAUUUGCCUCUA